AUGUUGAAUGGUUCCCCGAAGGGCUUUUUCAAAAGCUCGAGAGGAUUGCGACAAGGAGACCCCCUGUCUCCCCUCCAGUUCCUGAUCAUAGGUGAAGCGCUUUCCAAGAUGUUGUCUACAGGCCAGGAGAAAGGAAUUCUGAAGGGCAUUAUCAUGCCAGGCAUCCCCAACCCUAUUACCCAUAUUCAAUUUGCGAACGACACCCCCAUCUUCUCCGAAGUAGCAGAAGUGUACAUUUCGAACCUCCGAACGGCUAUCUUUUGUUUUGAAGCAGUUUCCGGGCUUCGAAUCAACCUGUUUAAAUCCAAGUUGUUCGGGAUUAACAUCAGCGAUGAAAGAAUCCGACAUUUUGCGGACUGUCUUGGGUGCUCUUCAGGUUCCCUUCCCUCCACCUUUGUUGGCCUUCCCCUCUCUAUCGGCCCCCCUCCUAAAAUGAUGUGGGAUUCCAUCAUAAAUAGAUUCCAGAAAUCCCUUGCAGAUGGAAAUGCUGGUGUCCGACCUCCAUCCUCAAAACCAUCGAUACUAUCAGAAGAGAUUUCCUCUGGUUUGGAAAAGAGGAUCAGAGCAAUAUUCAUCUACUUAAGUGGAAGGACGUUUGCAAAACUUUCCAUGAAGGUGGGGCUAACGUCAAAGAUCUGCGUAGGAUGA